UGAAAAAGAGGUGGGCUAUAUUGAGGAAAAGUAGCUUUUAUGAUAAGCAAACACAAGUAAGAAUCAUAAAUGCAUGCUUUAUUCUCCAUAAUUUUGUUAGAGAAGAAAAUUUGGAUGAGGAGAAUUUGUUAAAUGAGGUGGACGAUGAUUUAUCAAAUGUAGAAGCUUUUGAUACAAUGGAGGAUGAAGGGGAGGAUUUCAUUUCAAAGGCACAAGCCUCACCUCAAUUGAACAACUUAAGAGAUGAAAUGUCACAAAAAAUGUUCCGAGAAUACCAAGCUCGAAGGGGGGCUACUUGAUUGUGGUUAUUUUUAUUCUCUAGUAGUGUAGGUGUGUGAAUGUGAAUUUAGUACAAUGUUUUGUAUUCAUAUGCCAACACUUGUGAUUGAUUUUAGAUAAUGAAACCUUCUAAAUGUGUUGUUUUGUUUUUGGUAGGUAAUGAGCAAUAAAAGAAGCUAUGUGUCUUGGAAUAAGCAGAUGGAUGACAUUCUUACUCGAGUUUUGUUAGAACAAAUCAACAACAAGGAAAAAGGAGAUGGAGACUUUAAGCCUCAAGCUUACCAAGCUGUUGUUGAUGAGUUAAAGAGAGAGCUAGGCAUUGCACUUAAUGUGGAUCAUGUGAGAAACCGAACUAAGUCGUGAAAGAAACACUAUGGAUGCAUCACGGACAUCAAGACUUAUUCAAAAUUUAAGUGGGAUGAUGAAAAAAAAAUGAUCGUAAUCACAAUGGAAGAUCUACCUCAAUGGACAGAAUAUAUUAAGGUAAACAAAAAUGCUGCCCCUUAUCGCAACAAGUGCAUAGAAAAUUGGGAAGAUAUUUGCACUUUAUUUGGUGCGGAUAGAGCCGUCGGGGAUGGUGCAGAACAACACGAGGAGGCAGCGGAUGCCAUGGAGGGGGAGACGAUCUGUGAACGAACAAGCUCUUCUAAGGAUCCAACUAAUUCAAGCUCUCGCAAGCGGAAAAAGGAUAGUGUAGCUGAUGCGGUAAAUAGUUUUGCCGAGUCAUUUAGAGAGUACGUGCAAAGCAAGAUUAAAGACACUCCGAAACUCACUUGUCAAGAGAUUCACGCUGUUGUUUCUCAAGUGCUUGGCAUUUCUAGGAUUCAGACUAUGCGGGCAGUAAAGAAGUUUAUGAAUGGUAAUCCCGACGAGUUUCUGAUGUUGAAAGAACUACCGGAGGAUGAGAAACUCGACUGGAUACUCUUAUGCCUUGAUGAGUAGUUUGUACGUUACACUUUUGAUAUUCUAUGUUAAGAUAACUUUUAAAGUGACAAUUUCGGAUUAUUGUAAUAUCUUAAUACAUUUUAUUUGCUAAUAUUUAAUAUUUUUGGUUGAAUGUAAUUACAAGGUUAUCCAAACAAUGCUAUAGAAUUUAAAUUUGG